CAGGCAGAGAUUAACCAGGUGAUCGGAUUCCACUGGAUUCCGACUGUGGACGAUCGGACCAAGAUGCCCUACACAGAUGCUGUCAUCCACGAGAUCCAGAGACUGACAGACAUUGUGCCCCCGGACACUCACUUCCGAGGCUACUUCCUGCCCAAGGGCACAGAUGUCUAUCCAUUACUUGGCUCCAUCCUCAGAGACCCCAAAUACUUCCAAUACCCAAAUGACUUUUAUCCUCAGCACUUCCUGGAUGAGCACGGCCGCUUCAAGAAGAAUGAUGCCUUUGUGGUCUUUUCUUCGGGAAAGCGAAUCUGCAUUGGGGAGGCCCUGGCCCACAUGGAACUCUUCCUCUACCUCACCUCCAUCCUUCAGAACUUCUCCAUGCAAUCACUUGUGUCACCUGCGGACAUUGAUAUCACCCCCAGAAUUUCAGGAUUUGGCAACAACCCUCCAGUUUAUAAGCUCUGCCUCCUGGCCCACUGA